AUAAAGACGUCACGUGACACUGGAGUGCGCACAACACACUCGAAUUUCCCUUCCCCCAUCAGCACAUAGCGGUGGCGCGAGGACGGCGAGGCACAGCUCGGCGGAAGCGCGGAUGAACGCCUUGCAAAAGAGCAGCGGGUAAAAAUAGAGCGUCGGCCAUCUCGCACAGCUGCAGAGAAAAACGAGAGGAACGCAGGAGCACAAGAGCGUGGGGGGAGAAAAGCGAAAAACCCUUCUGCCUAGCAACACACACACACACACACACACACACACACACACACACACACAGAGCCACGAUAAAGACCUCUGAUCUGAACCUCGCUCUGGUUUCUCCUUCUGGGGUGACCAAUAUGGGCAAGGAGGAGUCUGAGAGAAAGAAAAAAAAAAAGGAAGAAAGAAAGAAAGAGGAAAAACAAGACAAGAAGGUGGUUUUCGGGGGCCGGCGUCAGGACCGUUAAACGAUGUGGACAGGAAGGUGGAAUCGAGACGAGUCGACCUGCCAACACGUGCCGAUAAACACGAGGCACACCCAUGGGGAAGGCACUGUUAUCACCCUGUGCCAGAGGCAGUGCUAAGAAAGGUCCUUCGCCCUCUGAACGGAGCUGAGCAGAGGAACCAUGCAGUGCCGGCGGCGCCAUUGCUUCACCAGAAUCGUGGCCUCACUCGUAGCGCUCUUAGUCGGUCUCGUUAUCAUCCGUCAAUUCUAUCGGCCGACGAGGCAGAACGGACAAGUCACAAGCUUUCAUCAGGAACUUUACAAAGUUCUUCGUCAGAAAGACUUCGCGGAGCCUCUGUCGCCGACCAGGUCGCUGGCGAACGGUAGCCUCGUCUCAGUUCAGCCGGCGUCCAGGACCUUGCCGAGAUCGAACCGGAGUUUGGCCAAGGAGGAGAACGCGGAGAGCGUCCGCAAAGUCGAACCCUACAGGUACAUCCUGAACGAACCUGACAAGUGCAAGAGAAACGACACGUUCCUGUUGCUGCUGAUCCCCGUCGAGCCGCACAACGUCAAUGCCCGGAGCGCCAUCAGACAGACGUGGGGCAACGAAAGCCUUGGCAAAGGAAUCGUCCGCCUCUUUCUCAUGGGCGUGAAGAACGGCAUGUCAGAACACAGUCUCCGCUCGGAGAGCGUACAACAUCGAGACAUGAUCCAGCAGGAAUACAUCGACUCGUACUACAACCUCACCAUCAAGACGCUGAUGGGGAUGCACUGGGUGUCGAGAUUUUGCCCGAAAGCCAAGUACAUCAUGAAAGCCGACAGCGACAUGUUCGUCAACACAGAGUAUCUCGUCGAGAAGCUCCUUAAAUCCAACAUUCCCACAAAGAUGUACUUCACCGGGUACCUCAUGCGCGGCUACAAGCCGAACCGGAACAAGAACAGCAAGUGGUACAUGUCAAGCGAGUUGUACCCCAGCGAAAGCUACCCCACGUUUUGCUCGGGGACCGGCUACGUCUUCUCUGCCGACAUGGCCGAGAGGAUCUACAACACGUCCCUGAGCAUACGCCGGCUGCAUCUGGAGGACGUCUACGUCGGACUCUGUCUCGCCAAGCUCAACAUCGAGCCCAUACUGCCACCCAACGAGUUCCUGUUCAACCACUGGAAGGUUUCCUACUCCAGCUGCAAAUACAGCCAGCUGAUCACGUCGCACGAAUUCAGGCCCAGUGAGCUGAUCAAGUACUGGCAGCACCUUCAGAUGAACAAGGACAACGCCUGCAAAUUGGCCAAAGGUUAGAAGCUUAAGGACUUCCGAGACACAGGUUCUGAGCAAGACGGCUAACGUUCCUGUUCGGUUCCUCCACAGUCCAGCGCUAUGGAGAAGAUGGGGAUUUAAUCGGACCGCCAAAUUUUUUUGUUUUCAAGUUCAGGAGAGCAUGAAGAUAAUCCAGGACCGAACGCUGUUUAAGUGCUCUUACGUGAUCGCCCAAACAUUUACCUGAGAAAAGAUAGAAGGACGUUUGAACUAUUUAAGCAUCACUAAGAUAUUAUAUUUUCACUCGACUCACUUUUUUCCCCUCUUUUUCUCCACUUUUUUUUUUGCAUUCAAUCAGCAACAUGUGCCUCCAAAUCUUCUCCUUAUUUCUAUAAUUUCGGCAAAAGUUUUCUAUGCACUCAAAUCUUUCUCUGGCUCACUUCUUUUUCUUGGGGAAAACAAAAACAACAGCUGCUCAAAGAUGUGUAAAUAAUAAAAAAGGGAAUGAUGAGA